AUGUGCUGGUGUCCAUCAAACCAAUUUCGCCCACGAUCAACCCAAACAUCCCCCUCAGACAUAGACGAAAUCAUCGCCGUCACGAAAGGCUUCCUCGCCGCACUGGGAGCAAAAUCACGAAAAGAAUUCGAAAAAUACUGCGUUCGAGCAGGAGGAAUGGCGCUGUGGCCGCCGCCGCCCACACUGCCUCGCUUCUGCACCAUCGGCUCAUUUGUCGAGCAUAUUGCCAAAAUCCAGGACGAUAUUGAUGAGCGAAUCUGGGAUCCCGAGGUCAAGGUGCAUGGGGCGGGAAAUCUGGCUGCCGUGUGGGCGCCGUUUCGGUCGAGGAUUAAUGGAGUCGUGGAUCAUGUUGGUGUUGAGCUGUUUAUUCUGCAUAAACUCGACGAGGGAUGGAAGGUGACGGGGUUGGCUGAUUCGUGUCGACGACCGACGGAGGAGGAGAGGUUGUCUUUGGUUUGA